AUGGCUAAACUUCAAGAUCACAUCGAGUCAUUGCGCACUCUCCCUCUCGCAGAGACAAUUCAGGCGAUGGCCGACCUCACCCCAGGGCUUACAGUCGCGUCAAACCCAGAACCCAGGCCUUCGAGCUCCCUGGACGCCGCAGCAAAAUGCUACAAAGAACAUGCACUCUUCGAAGUGCGCCUAAUGCACCAGUCGAUGGAUGACCUCUUCUACAAGAUCUACACUGCCAGCUAUGAAAUUCUCGCCAAGGGAGUCAAAGAAGGCACUGUCGUACGAUCUGUUGACAACGAGAGUCUCGGUUGCGCAUGCUGUCGCGGUGAGCCCGACGCGGUUAUCUUGAACGGUUUCAAUGAGUGUGACGCUUUCUACUUCGAAGAGGGUGAGUAUAUUACUCUCUGGGGAGAUGAGCAGAGCAUGGGGUACAUGAUGGAUGAAAGGGAGCGUCAUACUCAGGCCAGUAGGAAGCAGGUUGAGGAGGCUCUGGCCAGAAAGCUAGCGCUUGGUGUUCAGAGUAUGCUUUAG